AAAAAUGCAGGUUCCCUAGCUUUUCCACUGUCUAAUUUAGCAAUUCAUUAAGACUAUGAAAUGUAGACAAGAUCAAAAAAGAAAUCAAGCUAAUAAAUAAACGGUAUUACAAUUUUUUUAAAAAAAUAUAUAAUUCCUGUCGCAUAAAGACGUAUGCAGUUCAAUAGUAUAACCUUCCAAAAUUGGCAAUGUAGACUGUUUCUACGGGGUAAGUUGCGACGUUACAUCAAAUUUUGAAGAUUACUGAAUGAUGCAUUAAAUAAAUUCUUAAAAAUUUAGUUUCUAAACAAGUACACUCAUAGGACAUCUUGAUCUUCGACUUUUCCUCGCUUUCACUUCUCACCACUUACUCGCUCUCAAAAGAGAGAAACUCUUUCACUAGUACUCAUUAGUCGAAUAACAUUGUGCUUUGAGUAGACAUGCCUGUAAAUAAUGAAAUGACUUAUGAUGAUGAAUUGCUGAACUCUCUCGCAAAUAAUACGGAAUUAUCUGCUACGGACUUUAUUGAACAAUACUCCAAACCACUUUACAGUCUUUCAGAAAACUCUUCUAAUGAAUUACUCUCUUUAGAAAAUUCGAUAUCGUUGUUUGAAAGAGGGAACUCUACACUGACGGAUUUACGAUCCAAGUUCAAAGAAAGAAUAAAAAAGCAUGACUCAGAGUCUAAGCAUAUUCAGCAUGAUUACCAAAAGAAGUCCAACCAUCUACGUGACAAGUUUUCUCAGGUGUUAGACCUCUCUAGAAACUUAAACGAUAAUGUGGAUGAUAUGAAAGGAGGUCUUGUAGAUGUUGGAAAGGAACUAGAGCUUGCUGAGAAUCACCGAAAGAGAAUUCUGGCAUCUGCCGAUUUAAUUCAGUACUAUAUGGAAUUCCGUUCGGGAAAUUCCCAAUCUCUUUCGGAUCUCUUUCGAACUAAUAACCAUGAUAAAAUGCUUUUAUGCGCCCAAAGAACCCGUCAACUGUUGGGGUUUGCAAAUGAAGUAGAUUUGCCCGGAGCUUCAGAAACACUAAACCGCAUUGAAAAGUUCUCCGAAUUUUUAGAAACGAGCUUUCUAAAGUUUUUCAAUAAUGAGUAUAGAAAGCCUAAUUGGAAAGGAAUGGCUUCGUUUGGAACAAUUUUGCAAGAAUUCAACGGAGGGGCAUCUGUUAUUCGCGAGUUUGUUAAUCAACACGAAUUUUUCAUAGCUGCGGAUAAGCUUGAAUCGCGAAAGGGAUUGGAAGAGGAUGAUGUUUGGAACGCUCUUCAGGACCCUUUCCAACCUGUUCCGGCCUCUAUCAAAAGCCUUUCUUCUCUUUUUAAUGAAAUAUGCUCAGUCGUUGACAGAGAUUGUGUUGUCAUUAAACGUGUUUUUCCAAAACCAGAACUUGUCUUACAAACGCUUUGUCAAAGAAUAUUUGGACAGUCCAUCCAAAAUCGUAUAGAAGAAGUUAUGGAAGUUGCGCACAGUAAGACUAACUUGGCAUAUUUAAGAUCUUUGCAAACUAUUGUCUCUUCUUUACAAGAGUUAUUGGUUCAAUUAAAAGAAAUCUUGACCCGUCGUGGAUUCAAUGUUUCCGACAACUCCCCUUUGAUCCUUGCUUUAAAUCAAUAUUUUGAAGAUUUACUAGUCCCUUAUGUGGAACCAAAUGAUUACCUGAGCCGUGAAAGACAUUCUUUAACUUCAAUGUUCUGGUUAAAUGUCUAUAAAUUUUUAGCUGUGAAUCCAUUUAAGCAACGAGCCAAACCCGGCCUAUUAAGAUCUCUUAUGAAUCCUAUUCAACAACCAAAGGUCCAAUCAGCAGAUAUACAAACCCACUUUAGUGCGAAAACAGAAGGUUAUUUAUUGAGGAUUGCCGGUAUUGAUAGCAGUCUGAUUGACUCGGGCGCGGUCAUCUCGGAAAAUACGUUUUCUAUUUCUGAAAACGAAGGUCAUUUAGAUUCAAAAAACACAUAUUCUUUUAUCGGUUGGCAUGCUGAGGCUUUGAAUCGAGCCUUUCUUGUGACGUCUCAGCAAGAUCUAAGUAAAAUACUGUUUUCCCUAGUGAAGUUACUGGAUGAAUUAGUAAAUAAUCGGUAUAUAAAUGAGGGAUUAUCGUUGGUUCAUAAUUAUAUACAACAAUAUGACAAGCGCACUGACUUAGAUUUGAGCUUUUUGAUUGACAUACGCGAAUGCAAAAAGAUAAUGGGUUUUUAUUCCGCGUAUAUUACUUCUAUAAUUAUACCUUCUGUUGGUUUUACUGCGUCGUCAAGGAAAGAAACGAUUAAUACUUUGAGCUUAGCUAUCACAAAUCUCGAACAUCGCGUCAAUAGCUUGUUUUAUACUUCCGUAAAGGCUUUAUGUUCAAGACUAGAUCUUCUCUUGUCUCCGUAUAGAAAUAUUUCUUAUGCUAUGUCAGAGGAGCAGAUUGAUGUAUCACCAAAGCAACGUCAAUCAAUGACUAAGAUGGUACAAACGUAUCUUGAUCAAUUACUAUCUUCUAUUCAAGAACUUGAUCCAAAUGAUCCAUCCCUUUUUGCUUUGAAGAAGAAAACUGCGCUCAAUCUUGCAGCCGUAUUAAUAGAAUUUGCAUUUCGGUCUAAAGUCACUCCAACUGGUGCAUUGCUUUUACAAGAUGACUUGAAUUUUUUUUAUUCAGUUUUACAGAGUUGGGGUAUCGAUAUCGUCAACAAUAAAUUCAGAACAUUACAGCAGCUGCUGAGUCUUUUAAUGGUCAAAACUGAUGUUUUACCAGCGGUAAUGCAAGACAAGCGAAAAGCUGGUUUCACCGAUAUGAAUAUUCAUGAGGUUCUGCGUCUGCGCUCCGAUCUUCCAGAGAAUCUGCGUUUACAAACUAAUAAAGAGCAGGUUUUAUUCUCCACAAAGACUACUUGAAAUCUUUGGCGUACUUCAUACAUCGAAAGAUGUUUUCAUAUGGGGUUCUUUAACCUUGUGAUAAUUCAUGGAUUCCCUUAUAAUCUUUUACUAUUUAUUUCUUACUUUGUAGGACGUAAUGAUAUUUGAACAUACUUCUUAAA